UACCAUCAAGAUCAAGAUCAAGGAGAGCAGUGGGCCGCGGGAGGGGGGACAGACGAAAGAUGGCAGAGGAGGCGCUAAUGUCAGCGGCUUUAGCCAGGUCCCAGUCCUUCCACACCUUCAACACGCCGCAGAUAACAGCCAGCAAGUGCGGGAAUAACCAGCUGGAGUGUCGAGUGUGUGAGGACGGGUUCAGCCUGGGUGGAGACAAGGUGCCACGCCUGCUGUUCUGUGGCCACACCCUCUGCCACGCCUGCCUGCUGCGCCUCCCCACCCACGAUAACAACAUCCACUGCCCCUUCGACAGACAGCCCACCCCGAUAAGUGCCUCGGGAGUGUGGGGCCUCAAGAAGAACUUUGCCCUGCUGGAACUCCUGGAGCGCUUGUCCCUCUCCCGGUCCAAUACUGCGCUGCUGCCGGAGGUCCUCAUCAAGCAGCGAGAGCUGGGCAUCUCCUGUGAUGAGGAUGAGGACCACCUGGCUGUCCUGUACUGCACGGUCUGCGCCUCCCACCUGUGUCUGGAGUGCUCGGAACGCACCCACGCCACACGCACCCUUCACAAACACAAGCGCAUCCCUCUUUCUGUAAAGGUCCCCACAGCAGCACUCCCCAGCAGGCUCUUUAAUUCCUCCUUCCCCGUGUGUGAUGCAGAGAAGCCCCGGGAGAAGCCAAGGUGUGUCGAUCACUCCUUCCAUCCAGUGGAGUUUGUGUGUCUGGAGGAAGAGUGUCAGGCAGCUCCCCUCAUGUGCUUCAUAUGUAAGGACUACAAGCACACUAAGCACAAGCACAUGUUACUGGAGCAGGAGGCAGAGAGAAUCCGAACAACCAUCAGUGCAGCGCUUCAACACAUCAAGAGGGUGGCACAGGAGCUUACUGACUCGGCACACAAGCUGGAGGGCGUGGCCAGACAGCUGGAGGGGGGACCGGGGGACAACUUACCUUCAGACAGUGACAGCAGCAGGGGCACGGCAGAGGAGGCGAGGGUGCGGGUGAGCCAGUACUUUGCCCAGCUGCGGGAACAACUGAACCGGCAGGAGAGCCAGGCCAUGACAGCGCUGGAUGCCCACGUGAGGGAGCGACUGUGUUCCAUCAGGCAGCAGCAGGAGGACCUCGCCACGCUUCUGUCCCAGAUGGUGGCGGUGGUGGUGGAUGGGGAGAGGGCGGUGCAGCACGACGACGGCCGGCUUAUCAUGGCAUUCAGGGACUUGUCGGCUCGCAUGGCUCACGUCACAUCGCAGGAGCAACAGUUGGCGCAGCUGCUGGCACUUGCACCUGAUCCAGCCAUUCCUAUCACAUUUACCAAGGACAACCGCAUUCACAUUGGGGCAAGGAUUGAGAUGCGAGUGGUGACCCUUGGCCUGGAUGGGGCGGGGAAGACCUCCAUCCUGUUUAAGCUGAAGCAGGAUGAGUUUGUCUCCACAAUCCCCACCAUCGGCUUCAAUGUAGAGACCAUAGAAUACAAGAAUUUCAAGUUCACUGUGUGGGAUGUUGGAGGUCAGCUGAAGUUGCGUCCCCUGUGGCGCCACUACUACUUCAACACUCAGGCAGUGAUUUUUGUGGUGGACGCAACUGAUGUGGAGAGACUUCCCGAGGCACAGACGGAACUCACCAAGCUCAUGACAGAGAGGGAGCUGAAGGAUGCCUCUCUGCUCAUCUUUGCCAAUAAGGAGAACUCAGAGCACGCCUUGGGAAUGCCAGCCCUCACUGAUAGCCUGGGUCUCCACAAGCUGUGUCUGGGGCGCUCAUGGCACAUCCAACCCUGCGACGCCCAGUCUGGCACGGGUCUCCACCAAGGGCUGGACUGGCUGGCUCGGCAACUUGUCCCUUCAGAAGUCCUCAACUCUGCCGGCUGAUCAUCCAGAGAUGCUUCUUUUUGUCCCCCAAGUGUAGUGAAGUAGUGGAGGUAUUGAGGUGUGUUGGGUGACUGAGGUGUGGCUGGGAGUGUAGCACCUUACCAGGUCAUGUUCCUUGUACAAGAGAAAGGUAGGGAGCAUUCUGUGAGUCCCUAUUGUGCUGUAGGUGGUGUGGGAAGGGAUAAGAGUAUCUGCAGUGAUAAUAUUUAACUCCCAGGGAAGAGGAUUAAGAGAUGUUAUGUAGGUGUCUAGUUGUGCUUGAGAGUUUGUAUACAGAGGAGUGUCAGGCCAUGAAGAGGUUCCCUGGUGAAGCCUUGUCUCUCAGCAUGGGAAAGGGAGAGGGAGGGAUGCAGGGCUGCCAAGAUGGAAUUUUGUAACCCUUGAAGCAUAGCAUAGAAGUGUAGGUAAUGCAUAAGGAUCUGAAAUUCUGUUUACAAUUAAGGAUGAGGGUAGAAAGGAAACUGAAGGUGCCAAGUUGGGGUCUGUGUAUGAAGGCAGAGGGAAGACAGUGGUACCAAGUGAAGGUGAGAAGUUUUAUUCUCAUCUCAGGACAAAGGUAGGUGAUUCAGGACUACCUGCUAGCAAGUCUCUGUUUUAUCCCCAGUGUAGCACAGGAGUAGGAAGACACUCAAUGGUAGCACACCUAGUCAGUCUGAUGUUUUAUUCUCUUUGUAGAAGUGAAGUAGAUGGUCAUUCUGUGGUCCAACCUAGUCAGUGUGAUGUUUAUUUCUAACGUAGGAAAGAAAUAGAUGAUGCAGCAAGUCGGUACUAGUCAGUCUGAUGUUUAACUCUCAGUGUAGGACAGAGAUUGAAAUUGAUCCUGUGGUACCUAAGUGCAUUUUUAUCCCCCUUUCAAUGAAGGACGGAAGUUGCUGAGUGAACAUUUCCCGCAAGUGUAGGAUGGAGACAAAACACCAACUAGGAUAUCAAGAUGUUGAGGUUUUUGUUCCCGGGAUAGAGUAUCGUCAGGGGUCCAAAGGUAGGUAAUUAGAGAUUUUUUUCCCUUUCUCAAUACAGGAUAGGGUUAACAUGUUCUUGCCAGCAGAAGCCACAAGCAGCAGGUCCCCAGUCUGUGCCACCACUGGGGCAUGCUUGCUACAAGUACUCCCUCAUGUGGGAUGUGUGAGGAAGUUUGGUUCUCUGCCAUAAACUAUCCAGUCUCGGUGAUAACUUAGAAUGUGAUGCUGUUUUAUAAUUAGGAAAAAUUUAUGAUGUCAAUUUUACUUUGCACAGGUGAAGUUGAAAGGUGUAAAAUGUGCUUAGAGAAAUUUAUACCAUCAUAUUUUUCUUUGCACACGUGAAGUUAAGAAGUGUUAAAUAUGCUUAGGAAAAUUUGGAUGACAUCAUUUUUACUUUGCACAGAUGAAAUUGAAAAGUGUAAAAUGUGCUACUAAUACUAUCUUGACUCUGGUGGGUAGUGUAGUUUGGGGCUCAGAUAUGUACACCCUUGUGAUUGACUUGACUUGGGCAGUUAGUAUGACUCACUCACUUCAUUGGCUCAUCUCACUCAGUUAUUUCCUAGCUAUUGUCUGUAUAUGAAAGCAAUGAAAAGAAUGAUGCGGUAACACCCAAACACUAAUGCAUUGCCCAUGAAAUUAUGAAGGUUUAUAACACUUGUGGCUUGUUGUUCUGAGGCUCUUGUUUGGGCAGGAGUGAGAUGACAGCCCAGUGUUUUUCAGGUCAUUACUUGUAUCUGUAAUGACGGAAAAUUAUAAGCAUCUAUAUCCAUUGUUUCUCAAAGAAUAAACCAUUUCAGCCCUGCAUGGUUUACCAGCAUAACCUUCCUUAGUCAAUUAGAAAGGGUGUGCAUAUGUGAUGUACUUGUUUAUCAUGUUAUAGGAGGUUUGAAGCAAGUGUACCUCAUACCACUUCCCCUUCAGCCAGAUCAGCUUCAGGACACCAUACCAAAAAAGAGGCAGUAGUCAGGGGUAACUGUAGACAACAUAUGUAACAUAUCCUCUCUCAUGUACUGUAGAAUUACUUGUGUUGGCCUCCUCACACCCCACACCCCCACAUGUCCCUCCUGCCAGUGAGGUGUGGUGGUGGUGGUGUGGGUGGGUUGCCAGGGAGGUGAAAGCCAAGUUAACCCUGCACCUCUCCCCGGUUCUCAGGAUACUGAUAUUGUGUGGCCAGAACCUGCAGUGACAGUGAUAAGGCCAGAACUCAGACAUGCUCUGUUCUCUUGCCACGACUAUUUUCCAAGACCACAGAGAUGAUUUGAGAUGAGAGUGUUUCUCCUCUUUAUGAUGUAGAAAUCUUGUUCAUCUGGUACUAUAAUGAUAAACACCCUAAAAAAUUAGUGUAACUUCAGAGGCUUUUGAAAGUAGUCAAGGUGUGAAUAGAAAUGUUUUUGAAUCUGGUCUGUAAUGAUGACAUUGACCACAAUCAGUGUUUCAAAUUUGAGCGUAACAAUGUGAAAUGAUCUGCCAUGAAAGUAUUGCACCUUAUUUAUUGGAGGUGAUGAGUGACAGUGAAGGCAAGCAUGCAUAUCACACUAUGAAUGUGCUGUCUAAUAUUUAGUCAGCCAACUCACAUAACUCUUACUUAACUUGUAUGACCCUCAGAGGCUGCACAUCUCACAGGAACCAAGACGCAGUACAAACACCAGAGGGUUCUUGUGGAGACUGCUGAGGGGAGGCUUGCCUACACGCGCACACACACACACAUUUACUGUUGAGAAAACUGUAACCUGGUAUAAGCCUGAGUGGUGGAGAUACAAAGCUGUGUGUGUGUGUGUCUGAGUUCUUUUCACCCAAGCAUUAACACUUUUCUAUGCCGUCAAAAUAGUUCACCAGUUUCCAGUUUUUUUCAUGCAUUUCUUAUACCAGGUUAGAGUUUUCCCAUUGGUACACAUACUGUACACACACACAACUUUAGCAGCAUAAGUGCUGUAGUAUUUUCUUGAAUAUUUCAAGUAUAAUUUUCAUUCAUACCAUUAUAGAUACAUUAAGUUUGUUGGUGUGUCACAGACAGGAAGGUUCUGUUUCAAAGGACCUGCCUGUCCAGGAACACCUGAGUGACAGGCAUGUUCCUGCCAACAUGCCACCACCCUGGGCAGGCUGAGGCGCCAGCUGGACAGUGGUGGAGUGGGUGGCUGGCAGGACACUGUCGCCUGGCAUGGAGUGACAGGUGUGUUUCUGCCGACAUGCCACCAUCCAGGGCAGGCUGAGACACCGGCUGGGUGGUGGUGGACUGGGUGGCUGGUGGGACACUGUUGCCUGUGUGGUGUCAACUAGAGGAGUGUGAUGGAGACAGAUUCUGUCCACCUUGUCUUGUACUUGUUCCUGAUACACUGUUGCAAUAACUAACAUAUUCAGUGUUAGAAAAGUAGGAGUUUUAUAUAUAAUAUGUAUAUGUACUGUUUUGAAACUUGCCACCUUUUGUGUAAUACAAGCAGUGAGUCCUUGACUGACAUCGUUGUCUUCAUAGUGUUUCCAGCAGACUCUGAGUGGCGACUGGCAAUGUGUGCUGGCCUGGCCCAGGCAUGGCACAGUGUGACUCAGGGACUCACUGCACAGGAAAGCUACAAAUGCCUGUAUUUUUGCUGCAGUGAGUAACCAUUUUUAAUCAGCUGUCUUGUAAUGAGUAGGACUGACAGUUCUCCAGUGGAUGCUCACGGCACCACACUUUUUAUCCAAGUUUUUGUGCUCAGCUGUUUAGUGUCACAGAUGCAAGUAUUUAUCAAAACUCAACUCUUUCUCACCAUAUCUGAGUUGUUGUUGCAUUUACUCCAGAGAUGUUGCCCAAGUUUACAUAUAUUGACAUUUAAUAAACCAUCAAUUUGA